CACUGCCCGCUGGCUAUGCCCUCCCUGAGGUUCCGUCUCUUGGGCCAGGCACUCAGCCUGGCUGUCUCCUGCUGUGGUCCAGAGAACAAGGGGUCUGUGGAGAUCAUGCGGAAAGACCUGAAUGACGCCCGGGACCUGCAUGGCCAGGCUGAAUCCGCCGCAGCCGUGUGGAAGGGACAUGUGAUGGACCGCCGGAAGAAGGCCCUGACCGACUACAAGAAGCUUCGGGCCUUCUUUGCCGAGGAGGAGGAGCGUUUCCUGCAGGAGGCGGAUAAAGAGGAGGGGUCCCCAGAGGACGAGGACGCAGAUGCUGCCGAUCGCUUUGGGUCCCUGCUGCAGGCCGUCUCGGAGCUGGAGAGGAGGCACCGCAAUCUGGGGCUCAGCAUGCUGCUGCAGUGAUGUCCUGCCCUCUGCUGGCUCCAGGCAGUUACAGCUCCAUCCACCCUGGCCUGGUGCCCAGCAGCUCCUCCAUCACCUCCUCCUGGACCGCGGCGACCUUCACCCCCGAGUGCCUGCACCGAGGUGCACACGCAGGACGCAUACCACAGGUGGCCGCCUUGGGAGGGCCAAGACUGCAGUGGUGUCCCUGUUCCCUUGCCCUGUGGGUAUUCAUGUUCCCCAGACCGUAACCAUUUUACCAUAGAGACCUGUAGUGGGGGUGCCGUUGACCCCAGUGUAUCCCCACUCUUCAUAAAGCUCUUGUCGCUGCCACUGA